GUUAGGACACGUCUACAUUCUGCACAUAAACAACUCGGCAGACUAAGAGUGAAACUAUUGCUAUACAAUUGUAACUCCAUAGCAGCCUAGCAUAUUACCAGUUCACGAACAUUGAAUAUACUUGAUUUGUAAUAGAGAACAUCAUAACCAUGGAAACACUGAAUGAAAUCGAUCACCUCCAAUCAUCUGGCUUUGGUAAACCCCUACCCAGACACGGGCUUCAUCUCCUUCACUGGUUCUCCCAUGAAUAUGUCACAUUCAACAACGACAGCGAGAUGGUGACAGUUCGCAACCCUAAGAAGAAGGCGUUCGGCUUCCACCGCUUCUUCGACAACAUAGAGGAGCAUGAUGGCCAAUGUAACCAACUGCUACCAGACCAGGACUUACCAUACUACGAAGUGGGCAAUCUAAAUGCUGCAGGGUCUGAGAACCUGCCUGAUUCUGUCAUCCAAAACCACACAGAAAACAAUGAUGACAGCAACAUAGACCGGAUCAUCAUCAGCCUCCAGUCAGACCGUGUGUUGGACAGAAUCUACGUGACCCAACAUGAUCAUCACAGAGGUGCUUUUGACCCCCAGCGCACCUAUCGCAUCAGUAAGGGGUUGAUCAGUUUCAUCCGUAAUCUGGAGCUGGAUGAGUUCCUGGAGCAGACUGGAUAUUUUCUUCCUUGCCCUGCCUCCAUUGAGACACUGAACGAAAUGAGACACCUCCAGUCAUCUGGCUUUGGUACACCCCGGCCCAGACACGGCCUUCAUCUCCUUCACUGGUUCGCCCAUGAAUACGUCAAAUUCAACAAGAAGGAUGAAAUGGUGACCGUGCGAAGCCCCAAGAAGAAGGCGUUCGGAUUCCACCGCUUCUUCGACUACAUAGAGGAGCAUGAUGGCCAGCGUAACCAACUGCUACCAGACCAGGGCUUACCAUACUACGAAGUGGGCAAUCUGAAUGCUCCAGGGUCUGAGAACCUACCGCAUUAUGUCAGCGAAAACCACACAGGACACAAUAACGACAGCAACAUAGACCGGAUCAUUAUCAGCAUUCAGUCAGACCUGGUGUUGGACAGAAUCUACGUGACCCAGCAUGAUCAUCACAGAGAUGCUUUUGACCCCCAGCGCACCUAUCGCAUCAGUAAGGGGUUGAUCAGUAUCAUCCGUAAUCUGGACCUGGAUGAACUCCUGGAGCAGACUGGAUAGUCUUAAGACGUUUCCCACCUGGCCCACAAAUGUUUUCCCACAAAUGUAUACUAGGCAUGGGUAUGACAUCAUGUCUUCGAUAUUCCCCGUAUUGUAGGAAAUUGUGAAUGUUUUUAUUUAGAUAAAGGGCCUUGUUUUCAGAUGUUUCACAUCCUGACACAUUUUUUGUUAUUUUUCCCCAACCAUUUCACCUGUGUGGUGGAAUUUCUACCUUUAACUAAUAAUGAGGAGAGGCAAAAUCAACAAUCAAUCAAGGUAGUACUUUUAUUAAAAACGUAUUAUAAUAAGGAGGCUGGUCGCACCACCCACGCAGGUGAAAUGGAGUGGGAGCCUGCUGUACAAAGAGUACAGGAGCAUUUAUAUAGUCAAGCUACCCCAUGCAUGAAUCUGCAAAACACGUGACCCUAUGUAUGUGUAUGUGUGUGUGAGGGGAGAAAACUGGGUGAAAAGGUUGCCUCGGUCUGUCGCAACUGAGAGAGGACAACAGGGGCCAGAGUGACAGGAAGUCACUCCAGAUAUACUUCCUCUAUGUAUGGUCGUACUGGCCACACACACAGAACACACACACACACACACACAAAACAUGAAUCUUUCGCCCAGAAAAAGGCUCCAAACAGAACAAUAGCUUUAUCACUGGUGUGCAGAAUAAUACACUUUGCCCUGUCUCCAGCUAAACUAAGAGGAACCAGUUAAUCUCUGUCAGCUGUUGGCUGAGAGCCCAGGUAUCAUGAGGUCAUUCUACACACACAGAACAGUUAGAGCAGGCCUCGUAUUAAUACACACACACUUUUCUAUCUUAUAUGAGUUAGUUUCUUUAACUAUCUCAAGCCCAAUGCCUAGGCUUAAAGAAGGAUAUUUUAGUACACAAGCAUUGGUAAGGUUCAAUAGAAAAUGCCCUCACACCUGCAAUAGUUAUUGCCACACGCGUCGGAACUAGGAAACUGUAGUUAUACACGUGCUGCCAGUGGUCAUUGUAGCAUGUAAAUCUUAGUGGGGCAAACAACAAAAUGUUUUUAUAGAUGCAUGCCAGCAAAGCCCCUACACAACACUAAACAAUACAUUAAUUGCACUAUAACGGUGAAAACGGUGACCACAAACUGUUUGGGCCGACAAAGAGCUGUCUCACCAGCAGUCCCAUCACAAUACCACUGCUACACCUGGCUAUCAGCGGAGCCUUGUCUGGCAGCGAAACAGUUAAUUCAGCCUCAUUUACUGCCUUUAAAAAAACAUAGCUGAUAUGGCUGACUCGCUUAAACAAAUGUGGUUUCUACUGACAAUUAAGAUGUACAAACUAUGGCAAAAGGGGACGACAAGCGGAUAAGAGGGAAUCUGUAAUUUCGAUGAAGACAUUAAUGAGCGAGCUAGGGUGGACGUAGUCAAUAUAACUAUUUGUUCAGCACUUUUGAAAUGUACAGCGACAGAAUUCAAAACAUGGGUCAUUAUUACAGUAUUCUCCCUGUACACCAAGUCAGAACCUGAGGAUAAAUAAAGAGGGCAUAUAAGCAGACAAUGAAAGCUCUUACAAUACGUGUGCACCACCAAGUCAGAACAGUAGGCUAAAUUAUGAACAGCUUACUACAUAACAUACACUUAGUAUUACUUUCUUAGCUGCAGGAUACAUAUUUCCCUGUCAUAUUACAUAAUUUAUGCAGCAGCAUACAAUACAUUUUUUGACUCACCCUGUUCUACUGUGAUCACUGGAACAGGAAGGUGGCGCAGUGGUCCUUCGUGGGGAAAUGUUGUCAUCAAACUUUGACAUCAAAGUCUGGCAUUCUCUGGAUGUAUGGUGCUUUCAGACAAUUGGGAAAAAAACAAAGCUGAAUCAUUACGCCAGUGAUCUUCAGGUUGGAGCCCUCGAAAGAGGCCCAAGUUCCUGACUUGGAAUUCCGAGUUUAAUGACCGUUCAAAACGUAUUUUCCCAAUAGGAGCUCAUUUUCCCAGUUGUAUUGAACUCACUGAAGUCUGACAUUUCCCAGUUCUGAGUUUCCAGUUGUUUUGAAUGCGGCAGAAGUCAUGAUGGAUUGACAGCAUGGCAAAUGUUGAAUGUUUAUCCUUUUAAGCUUGGAAAAGAAACCCUUAAACUGAGACUUGGACUACACACCCACUUCACUGAGUAGCAGGCUUGUGAUUGCUUUGCCGUUAGCCACUGAUUCCUUCCAAACCACUUAUUGUUGAAUUUUUCUAAUUCCAACUUGUUGUGUAAUGUUUAUGUCCAAUGGCUGAUGAGCACCGAUACAUUUUAUCUAUAAUUUCUCUUCAUAAUUUCUCUUUAUAUGACACGGAUUUGAAAAGGAUUUUCCAGUCGAUUAUUGACUUGAUUCAUGAUGAUGACUGCUAGCUUGCUACUAAGAUUUUGAAAGUAUGAUGUUGUCAUGAUCAGUCCAAUCAAAGCUAUGGUAGAGAUAACAUGAUGUGACAUCAUUUUAUCUGUGGCCAUGACCUUGAGCCUUCUUGGAUGGGCACCUAUAAUGUAACUCUAUGGCAGCACCGAAGGGGCUUGAAUUUUCAAGCUCUCCCCGUAGAUUUUGCGGCGAUGUAGUGUCCCCAUGAGUGACAGAACACUGAGCCAAUCACGGCGUAACUAGAGAACAUUACCAACCCCUACACUUCGUAUUUUCCGCUGGCUGCCCCACCACCACAGAAUGCACUAAGCUAUGCUGAAACACCUGUAUUUUGGAACAGCCUUACCCAAGAAAGCAAAAAAUAGACAAUUUUUGUAUGCGGCUUUAUUAACAUUUUUUAAUUAUUUUAUUUACAUUGUUUGCAAACUGAUAUGUGACACGUAUCAAUGCCAAAAUAACAUGCAAAACAGGCACACAAAAACAGUUACUUUUUUAAAGCUAAACAGGUGGGUCUCAAAACAGGUGGGUCUCUGCCCCACCUACCCUGAAUGGGUUUCCACUGCGUGCUGCAUUCAAACAAUUAGCAAGUCAGAAAUGUCUGAGUUUCCUAGUUCUGACAAGCACGUGAACACGGCAUAAGUGUGUGUGUGUGUGUGGGGGGGGGGGAUUAAUGUUUCUAAUAAAAUAAUUGAUUAGUUAAUUAGUUGUUUUUUAUUUAAAAUGUUUAGUACAAAAUGUUGAAUGUAUCAAUAACAUUUGUCUCAAAACAUUCCAAAACCAAUGACUGGGAAAUUCUGGUUUCUAACAUGAAAAAAUCAAUACCACACUUUGAACAACAGCCUAUACUGUACUGUUUGACCAUUAUAUCGUUAUUCAAAUUAAAUCAAACUUAUUUACAUCAAAUAAUGUUUUACAAAAGUAAAUAAAUGAUCCAUUUAUCUGAAACCUGGGUCGUUCCACCAA